AUGGACAAAAAGGAUGAAAAGGACGAUAAGGAUGAAAAGGACGAUAAAGAUGCAAGGAUGGAAAUGAAGACCAUUUUGAAAACUAUGCCUGCCAAAUUCGACCUGGACUAUGAUCAAACGUUUAUGAGCAAAACUAACGUAAACAUAAGAAAACAAUUAAUACCAGAACUAAUGAAGAGCUUAAAGCCGAAUUUUAACCCCACCUACGAUAAGUUGACGAAAUGGCUAAUGUCGUUGCAUAAAUCUAGACGAAGUAGGAAUAAUUACAAGAAGAAGGGAAGACUCGAUAGUGAUGAUCAUCGUCUACACGCAAAUGGGAGGAUGAACGACAAAAAAAUUCAUCGACUAAAAGCUGCCAAAGCUUUAUAUGAUAAAGACGACUUGAAUGAAACAGAUGAGAAAAAUGCGUUGGAAAAAUGUCAAAUAGUUGUGUAUAAUCGAUCAUGGAGAUCAUCGGAGUUAAAAACUUUUUUUAGGGAAGUAUUGGAUCUUUAUUCAUUUACACAACAAAACGCACAACUAACCAGACGUAGAAAUUAUGACGAUACGUUGCAAAAUUUUGACGUCCAACCUCCGAACGAUGCACCACAAUGGACAUGUGUAGAACCAGGAAAUGGUAAUGUCGUAUAUGAUUCUGAUAUAGGAUACGAGAGUAUAUACGAUGACUAUAUGUACGAUGAUGCUGACACCGUUGUGAAUGAAGUUGAUGACGAAAGUCGUCUUGAAGGUGUUAUAUUAUAUAAAUAG